AUGUCGAAUCUAAAGAAAAUCAGCGAUGAGGACCGCGAGUCCAAAUUCGGAUACGUUUUCGCCGUAUCUGGUCCUGUCGUGACGGCGGAACGUAUGUCCGGUUCCGCUAUGUACGAGCUGGUGCGUGUCGGAUACUACGAGCUGGUCGGUGAGAUUAUUCGUCUGGAAGGUGACAUGGCAACCAUCCAGGUAUACGAGGAAACGUCCGGUGUAACUGUCGGCGAUCCUGUGCUGCGUACCGGCAAGCCAUUAUCUGUGGAGCUUGGUCCAGGUAUCAUGGGUAGCAUCUUUGACGGUAUUCAGCGUCCGUUGAAGGAUAUCAAUGAAAUGACGAGCUCGAUCUACAUUCCGAAGGGUAUCAACGUACCGUGCUUGUCCCGUACGCAGAGCUGGAGUUUCAAUCCGCUUAACGUGAAGGCUGGCUCUCACAUUACCGGCGGUGACCUGUACGGUAUUGUGCACGAGAACACACUCGUCAAGCACAAGCUGUUGGUGCCACCGCGCGCCAAGGGUACCGUCAAGUACAUUGCCCCGUCCGGCAACUAUACCGUUGAUGAUGUGAUCCUCGAGACCGAAUUCGAUGGUGAAAUCAACAAAUUCACCAUGUUGCAGGUGUGGCCUGUGCGUCAGCCGCGUCCAGUGACGGAAAAGCUGCCAGCCAACCAUCCGCUGCUAACCGGACAGCGUGUGCUGGAUUCAUUGUUCCCUUGCGUCCAGGGCGGUACGACCGCUAUUCCCGGUGCUUUCGGUUGCGGAAAAACUGUCAUCUCACAGUCGCUGUCGAAGUACUCCAACUCGGACGUUAUCGUGUACGUCGGUUGCGGUGAGCGUGGUAACGAGAUGUCUGAGGUAUUGCGAGAUUUCCCCGAGCUUUCGGUUGAGAUUGAUGGCGUGACAGAGUCGAUCAUGAAGCGUACUGCGCUGGUAGCCAACACCUCCAACAUGCCUGUCGCGGCCCGUGAAGCUUCCAUCUAUACCGGUAUCACGCUGUCGGAGUACUUCCGUGAUAUGGGUUACAACGUCUCUAUGAUGGCCGAUUCCACCUCUCGUUGGGCUGAGGCUUUGCGAGAAAUUUCGGGUCGUCUUGCUGAGAUGCCGGCCGAUUCCGGUUAUCCCGCCUACCUUGGUGCUCGUUUGGCUUCCUUCUACGAGCGUGCCGGUCGCGUCAAGUGUCUUGGCAAUCCGGAGCGCGAAGGUUCCGUUUCGAUUGUCGGUGCCGUAUCACCACCCGGUGGUGAUUUCUCCGAUCCCGUCACCUCUGCCACACUGGGUAUUGUACAAGUGUUCUGGGGUUUGGACAAGAAAUUGGCCCAGCGUAAGCACUUCCCAUCGAUUAACUGGUUGAUUUCCUACAGCAAGUACAUGCGCGCUUUGGAAGAUUUCUACGAUAAAAACUUCCCAGAGUUUGUACCAAUGCGUACCAAGGUGAAGGAGAUUCUGCAGGAGGAAGAAGAUCUGUCCGAAAUUGUGCAGCUGGUCGGUAAGGCGUCGUUGGCCGAAACCGAUAAGAUCACUCUCGAGGUCGCCAAGUUGUUGAAGGACGAUUUCCUACAACAGAAUUCGUACUCUGCUUACGAUCGCUUCUGUCCGUUCUAUAAGACCGUUGGUAUGCUGAAGAACAUGAUCGGAUUCUACGAUAUGGCACGCCAUGCAGUGGAGACGACUGCACAGUCAGAAAACAAAAUCACAUGGAACGUCAUUCGUGACUCGAUGGGCAACAUUCUGUAUCAGCUAUCGUCGAUGAAGUUCAAGGACCCAGUAAAAGACGGCGAACCAAAAAUCAAGGCCGAUUUCGACCAGCUGUACGAAGACAUGCAGCAGGCAUUCCGCAAUCUAGAAGAUUAA